CAAUAACAAAAAAGAUAUUGAUAAAUUUUACUGGUUUUAACAAAAAAAUUAAUUUUAAUUAAACUAUGGAGAAUUUUGUAGAGGAGAAAAGAUUGAGGAAAAAGACGACAUUUGACUCAUCGAUAUGUCCAGUUUGUGGUAUCACAAUAAGAGAGAAUGAGCUGGAAUCGCAUUACCGAAAUGAAUUGGAAAAAUUGGGCAAGAUUAAAAAGAUAAUUAACAAGAAUCCAAGUCCUCAAGCCAGUCCAUCGACAUCCACAAAGCAAAAAGACAGUAAGGAUGAUGAGAAUAGUGGAUGUUCAAGUAAAAAUGACACUGGUGAAAACUGUUGGGGUACAUUUCAAAAAAUUAAGGAAAAUCGAGUACGAAGAACGUCAAAAUUAAAAAACAGAAAAAGAAAAGUAGAAGAUCGAGCAUGUCCUAUAUGCUUCAAAAUCAUCCUUAAUGAAGACUUACAGAGCCAUGUAGAUUCAUGCCUAAGGAAGCAAGACAAUCGAUCGAAUUCUGAUGAGUCUGACAGUGACGAGAUUGAUGUUGGCGAGACAUACAAUUGGUGUGGACAGACAAGAGUUCGUGCAACAACAUUAAUUGAAGGAAGUUUGUCAUCGUCAGGCAUUGGAACUUGUAUAAGCAGGUCCAAUGAAAAUGAGGAUGAACUUGUGAAUAUAGAUGAAGAUGACCAAACUUAUGGUCCAAGUCAAUACACUGAAAAGGACAUUAUUUUAUUAAAUAGAGAGGAUGAAAGACUUCGAAACUUAGUAGCAUCAGACAUGCCAUCGACUUCCUUUACAAAUGAACAGCGCGAAGAAAACAACCAAAAUGUAGCAAAUAGCGUAUCCACUUCAUCAUCUCCAAUAAGUUUUAUUGAUAAAAUGGACAUAGAUAUUAAAUCACCAAAUUGUCUAGAAUCUCUUACUGAUUCCUCAAAUCAGCAUAUAAUCAUUGAAAGUUUAAAGGCUAAAAUUCGUGAAUAUGAAAAUGCUAUAAGAAAUCGACCUAAAUGUCUCAUUUGCUUAAGUCCUGACUUUGAUAUUCCCGUCGUAUCUGUAAUGUGCUGGCAUGUGUACUGUGAGAAAUGUUGGCUACAUACUUUAGGUGCUAAGAAACUUUGUCCACAAUGUAAUAUGAUCACAGCAGCGACUGAUUUACGGAGAAUAUAUCUGUAAGGAUAUAUUCAUGUGUAAAAGGUUAAACAGGAGCUUAAUGUUUUAAUUAAGGAAGCUAGGAAUUGUAAAUAUGCUUUUCAAAAUGCUUGAAAGCCGUACAAAUGUUUGGAUUUAUGUACUAAAACACUACAAAUCCACAAUAUUUUGAAUUUCAAAAAUCUGAUAAAUUUUCGACUAUAUUUCAUUUGUACCGUUUUCAAGCACUUUAAAC